AGAAAACUUCAAAAAGAUUGCAACAGCACUUCCCGGAUUGUAGAAGAUACACAAUUCGGAACGCAGGUAACACACUUUCAAACAUGAAAAAUAUAAGCUUAGAAAAGUCCAUUUGAAAAACUAAAAUAGAAUACACUGUUUGCUACGCACUGCCCCUCCGCUCAGUCAGAAAUAAAGUAGUGGGUGAAUCCAGAAAGGCUCACAACAGUAAUCAGAGUAACCGGUGAAGUGAUACUUUCAAAUUGUGAUAAAGGUGGUAAAUAAAAAAAGAGGGGGGGCCGUCGAAACAUGACUUAAGGGGGGGAACGGGGGAUUGCAAAAAUAGGGCGAUAUCGUCAACUGAAAGGUCCCAAAGGCCGUGAAGGGGAACGAACAAACGAGUGGUGAAUCGAGGCGGGUGCAGUGCGCGCUGUGAGCAUUCAUGGCCUAUCUAACAUGUCGUUGAGCGAUGUGCGAUGCCGAGUUUCUAAUACAAGGCCGUCUGGGACUUUGUCGAAUGCGCCGGUUGGCUACAAAUCAGCCUGCUUCUCGGAGCUCAAUAUGCUCUACUGCAGGUGCAGCCUGACAGCCUUGGCACCGCGGGGGAAGGCAGUUUGCUUUUCCCGGUGUGCGAUCGCCAAGUACUUCCGCACCCGUACUUGUUGUAAUUAGAGGACGAGCUAUUCCCGGAUUCUUGGUCAGACAUGGUAGAAGCUUCGCAUCCUCCGGGAGAAAAAUGUGGUGGUGUGCAUAAGUGCUGCGCCGAGGCCGUUGGUCUUCGCAUUCUUAUUGCUUGUGUCGUCACGGACCGUGAAGUCGUUGGAUCCCUUCCACCUACAGGGCCAGUACAUGAAGCAGGCCUUGAUGGUCUCUUCCGGAUGAGCGCAUCACAGCAACCGAGUCUGUAGACUUCGAGCCCACUCAGACACAGCUUCGCAUCUCUGCCCAUACUAGCUCGACCAGGUGGCCAUGAGGACUUCGGGCGCAGUAUCCAGCAUGAAGGCCGCAGCUUGCGUUGGCAUGGCCGCCUUGAUGGCGCUGAGCGUCCUGCCUUGCGUGGUGGGAGCGCCGUACGGGUGGAGUGAGGCGCAUAUCACGUACUACGGAACAGCUAGUGGCGGUGGCACGCAGGGAGGCGCCUGCGGGUAUCCGAACACCUUUGCGAUGGGAUACGGGGCGAUGACCGCAGCGUUGAGUUAUCCUCUGUUCCAGGGCGGAAAGGCAUGCGGCGGGUGCUAUCAGUUGCGGUGCAAGUGGGUGACGCCAACCCGAACCGUGCACAACUGGUGCUGGAGCUACUCUCGCACCAUCACCGUGACCGCAACAAACUCGUGCCCUCCAGGGUCGCACGGAGGUUGGUGCAACUGGAGACCUCACUUCGACUUGCCAAUGCCUGCUUUCCUGACGCUGGCACGGCGUGAGGGAGGAGUGGCUCCGGUGUAUUACAGGAAGGUCCGGUGCGCGAAGCGCGGCGGAAUUCGGUUCACCAUCGGAGGCAACCCGUACUUCUUGAUGAUCCUGAUUCACAACGUGGGAGGGGCGGGCGAUUUGAAGGCAGUGAAGGUCAGGGGAGGAAACGGAUAUUGGGUGCCCAUGUGGCGCAACUGGGGCGCGCUGUGGACAUGCAAAACGAGGAUGAGCGGAGCACUGUCUUUCCAGAUUACGACGGGCGACGGGCGCACUUUGACGACUUACAAAGCCGUGGGCGGGUACUGGAGGUUCGGACAGACCUGGGAAGGAUCCCAGUUCAGGUAGGUAGAUUGUAGCGGACCUCGACGCUGAGCGCAGCAUCGGUGGCGACAGUCGCUGCGACUGAUGGGGAAAUGGCGUCGCUCCGCGGUCCGAGAUGGGCGUGCAAAAACUGGACGGCCAUCCGUCCGUGCGAAGCGGAUCUCGCAGUCAUCAUGGACGAGACGACAACGUAGAAAGAGUGGGUUAAGUGUACCAAUAGUGUUCAUUCUGGGGAGCGCAACUAACUGUAGCGGUUUAGGAUACUUGGAACCAACGGAUUCCGCUGGGCGAUUGUAAAUGGAUUAAAUGAUUGGGGUACCUAGUCUCGUAUUCAGGGACAUGUAUCUGGAAUAAAACAGUCAAGCACCAUCGUUUGAUAACAGAAGUUUGGAAGACU